UUCACACGAAUCAUUCUUACAAUUGCAUAUUCGGGUUCUCUCUCAAUCAUCUCACUCUCUAUUGAAUUCUCACUUCCGGAUGGGUGCUACCGGGAAUCAUCUCUGCUUCGAUCUGGUUGAAGAAUCGCAGAAGAGAAACCCUGGUGCCUCCAUUUGCGCCGCCGAAGGUGUUGUUGGGUUCAAAGACGCAGCCAUCUUGCAGGACUACCAUGUAUUGCCGCAGUUCCGAAAUGCGAUGGCGAAGUUUAUGGGGAAAGUGAGAGGGGACAGAGUGAGCUUCGACCCAGACAGGAUUGUUAUGGUACGCGGAGCCGCUGGAGCUCACGAGACCAUCGGUUUCUGCUUGGUGGAUCCCGGCGAGGCUCUGUUAGUGCCCACCCCGUAUUACCCAGGAUACGAUCACUAUUUCAGCCGGAGGGUAGGAGUCGAGCUGGUGCCGAUCGAAUGCGACAGUGCCAACAACUUCAAGCUGAGGAUGGAGGACUUGGAAGCUGCCUACGAAAUGGCGAAGCAGAACAACAUUCGAGUCAAAGGGCUGUUGUUGACAAACCCGUCCAACCCAUCGGGAACGAUUCUCGGCGGGGACACCUUGAGGAGUGUAGAAAUUGAUGAUGCGGAAGGAAACGAACACAAAAGACAAGGGAUUUUACGUGGUAUCCUCGAUUGAUUGAUCGAGACUAAUCCACGGUGAGCUCGAAAGAGCUCACGGCUGACUUAUUAUGGGACUACAUUGUGACGGCUUGCUUAUGACAGAACCAUAGCUAAGCUUUUAUAGAGAACGACUUAGGGUUAAAACCCUAAAGACAACCAAGUUCCCUCUUUUACCCGGACAAGGAAACAAGAGACUUGUUGGACAAGGAAUUAAUUAUUUUUGACUAAAUAAUCAAUAUCCUCAACACUCCCCCUCAAGCGAAGACAUAAAUGACAAGAAUGUCGAGCUUGAAAAUGAACAACACUCAAACAACCUCUUGCUGGCAAUGACGAUCCAACAGGCUGUGACUUUGUUCGCUUGCGGGAGAUGUAGACAAAUGAUGAAACUAAUCAAUGCUUGACCCAGUUCUUUUGAUAGUGAACUCAGCAUGAUGAAAUUCCUUGACGUCUUGGAUGAGACUGAUCCGACUUCAUGCUUGACCUAGUUCAACAAUAGUGAACUCCACAUGGCGGAAUUACCUUGACGUCUUGGAUGAGACUGGAGACUGAUGACUACGUUGUUGACUUUGGAGACUUCUAACUGCACUGCUGAUUGUGCUUCUCCGAACAACCUGACUGAUCGAUAGACGUGGUCAACUUGAUGACUGAACUAGUCGACCUACGUGUGAUGAUUCCCUAUUCUCCCCCUCAAGCUGGAGCAUGAACGACGUGAAUGCCCAGCUUGAAAGUUAAAAUGGUGAAGACUGAAAUUUACCUGAUUCUGAACGUCGAGGUGACGAUCACUCCUUGGAUCGUGACUACCUCGUUGUAUGACUUGAUAAAACUUUGCUAACGAGAGCUUCUCUAUAUUCCCAACACUAGCUAUUGAAGGGGCGACAACUGCAGGUCACGAUUAUCUUCAAUGCCAUGACUUUGAUGUUGGUGAAGAGUUGCUUGACGAACACCGUUCAACAAAUGAGAAGAAUGCAACUACAACAAUGAAAUUGCAUACCCGAAAAAUCCAACUUUACAAUGACGGUGGCUGCCUUCGACUUAACGUUGAAUUCCCAUGAGCUGCAAAUAAACCAUUGGUAGAAGU